UAGAUCACACAGGGCGAAGCAGAGUUGCGAGUUACGGAGAUCAUGGAGGUCGAAAUUCCGACAACGGCACCGUCAGCCAUUAACGUGGUCGUCAAGUUCGGAGGGAAACCCAUACCCAUGUCUCUGUCACCAGAUUCUACAGUCAACGACCUUAAAUCGCAUCUCCAAUCCAUCACCAACGUUCUUCCCCGAGGCCAGAAGCUCAUCUUUAAAGGGAAGGUUUUGGUUGACUCGUCGACGUUAAGGCAAUCCGAGGUGGGAAAUGGAGCGAAGAUCAUGUUGAUGGCGUCUCAAGGUUUGCACCAAGGGGAAGGUCCAGUGCUUAAGGAUGCUGAGACACGACCAAUAUCGAGGGCCGUUGCCACAGACAAAGCAGAAGGAAUGAAGCCGAAAGUUCUCAUUGACAAGAACAGAACAGAACGAUGGAAGGCAACCGGCAUUAUUGCUCUGGCUCAAUCCAAUCUGAAGAAUAUACCUGAAGAGGUGUGGGACUGUGGAUCUAUAGUCAGAGUGUUCGAUGUCAGCAACAAUUUCAUUCAAAGCAUGCCUGGACAAAUCAGCUGUUUCAGUUCUAUGCAGAAGCUGUUCCUCCAAGGAAAUGGUCUCUCUGAUGAAUCCAUUCAAUGGGAAGGGAUAGCAUCUCUGAAGCGUCUGACUUUACUGUGCAUCAGCCAUAACAAUCUAACCACUCUGCCAUCUGUGGUGGGUUCACUGAAAUCUCUAAGACAGCUUGAUGUCUCCAAUAACAAGCUCACAAGUCUUCCUACCGAAUUGGGACUUCUUUCGCAUCUUGAGAUCUUAAAAGCCAAAAAUAACAGGAUAAGUAAUAUCCCUGCAAGUAUUGGAGAGUGUGGCUCUCUCAUGGAGGUUGAUCUCUCUGCAAAUCUUCUGUUGGAACUGCCAGAGUCGCUCUCCAAUCUCUGCAGUCUAAAGACGCUGGAGAUGAGCAACACAGGGGUAAAGUCACUACCGUCUGCGUUAUUCAAGGGGUGCUCACAGCUAUCCACCUUAGGUCUCCACAACACAGAGAUCACAGUGGAGUUUCUCCGGCAGUACGAGGGAUGGGAUGAGUUUGACAAGAGAAGGCGUACGAAGCAUCAGAAGCAGCUCGAUUUCCGGGUUGUCAACUCUGGUGAUUUUGACGAAGGAGCUGAUAAAUCCUGGUGAUCUGGAAGCAGAUUAUGUUACAGUCAUUGGACUAUCUAGUCGAUUUUCUAUCAACAUAUGUAUUCAUACUUUUUGCCACGUGCUGUAUAACAUAUUAAACAGCGAAGUAUGUGUGCUCUCUUAUUUCC